ACCUAGGACGCCCGCCGCCUUUUGUAAACAUAUAUACGACAUGAUGUGGCCCGCGUGGAACAUGUCGGCCAACUGCCAUGCCGGAGUGUUCGAUUCGUGCAAUAACGAUACUGGAAACCUGUGGGGGUGUACGGUACCUCGACGUUUCACCAAGACGGAUACCCUUACCCCAACUCUGCAGCCCAUCCCGUCGUCUUCGCAAUUCACCACUGUUUCUACCAUUCGAGGUGGGACUGUAGUAAUAUCAUCAGCACCUACGACUCUGACUUCGAUUACCUCUGGGACUCUUACUAUAGGAAAGGUUAUGUCAAUUGCUAGAAAAGCUGCGAGUGAGAGUGGCAACAAGAAUAGGGGUGUGGUCACGCUUGGAUUUUCUUCACUAGAUGUGGUUGGCAGUAUUGUGGGAGUACUCUUUGUUUCGUAGAAGUGAUAACCGUUAUAUUAUUAGCCAUUCGUUGAAAUUUUUUAGACUUGAGAAAUCAUUCAAUUCGGGUGCGUCCAGAGGGUGUUUCGCUUUGAGUGUAAUUUCUUAAACACGACAAGCGCGUUCUCCCUCUUUGCUUGAUGGAAUGCCUUAUUUCCUGUUCUAUGAUGUUCUUGAUAUAAAGACGUCCCAGCGACAGUCGCUAACUGGUUCGUCCGGACUGGAUCUGCACUCGAGGCGUCCUAUAUCGCGCUAGUACAAGUUGAGAACUGCAGUUUGGCGCUAAUGACCACGUCGAAAUACUGAUAUGAUAUAGAAAAUGCUGUACUCGCCGUUCCGUCUUGCACCGAUGUCCUACAAAUGCUCAAUCCCAUCAGCACCCUGCGUAGGCCCAAAUAUUUGAGAACUGAAGCUUUACUCAUGGUUUAUGAUAGCAGCAUCGGAGUCCAG